AUUCUGUAACCUGUCAUUAGUGUCAUUUCUCCACUAUUUGAUAAUUUGUUUUGUUUUCAGCUAAUUCAACUAAUUAAUAAUUUUAGUAAUACUUCUAGAUAUAUAGCUUAGAUUUUGGAUAUGGCUUUGAGAACGUACGGAGACAAACCAAUAAGUUUUCAACUUGAGGAAAAUGGGGAAUAUUAUUGCGUCGGAUCUGAGGUUGGAAACUAUCUUCGUCUCUUCAGAGGCUCUUUAUACAAGAAGUAUCCUGGAAUGUUUAGAAGAUCAAUUACUAAUGAAGAAAGGAAGAGGCUAAUUGAUCUUGGGUUGAGUCAGCAUGUUCUUGCAAGUAGUGUUUCAUUACUACGAUCUGCAGAAGUGGAAGACAUUAUAGAAGGAAAUGAUGAAAAAUAUAAAGCUGUAUCAGUUCAUACCUCCGAGCCACCAAUGCCUAGAGAAGGCAAAUCUAAGAAAAAUAUGCAGUGGGUACCAUCACUUCCAAAUUCAAGUCAUCUAGAUGCUGUACCCCAAGCUACACCAAUUAACAGGAACAGAGUGGCUGCAAAAAAGGUGAGAACAUUUCCUCUAUGUUUUGAUGACACAGAUCCGCAACAGAAUCUUGAAAAUGCUUGUCAACAAGAAGUUCUUGUUCCAAUUAGACUUGACAUGGAAAUCGAAGGUCAAAAACUAAGGGACACUUUUACAUGGAAUAAAAAUGAAAGCAUGAUUACUCCAGAACAAUUUGCAGAAGUUCUAUGUGAUGAUCUAGACUUAAAUCCAUUGACAUUUGUACCGGCUAUUGCUCAAGGAAUCAGGCAGCAAUUAGAGGCCUUCCCAGCAGACCCUCCCAGUAUAAUUGAAGAUAAUAGUGACCAGAGGGUGAUAAUAAAGUUAAAUAUCCAUGUGGGAAACACUUCUUUGGUUGAUCAAGUGGAAUGGGACAUGAGUGAAAAACAGAACAACCCGGAAGAGUUUGCUCUCAAACUAUGUGCAGAACUAGGUUUAGGGGGAGAAUUUGUAACUGCAAUCGCAUAUUCAAUUCGUGGUCAGCUUUCUUGGCACCAGAGAACGUAUGCUUUCAGCGAAGCCCCCCUUCCUACUGUGGAAGUACCAUUUAGAACUACGAGUGAAUCUGAUCAAUGGGCUCCAUUUUUGGAAACUUUAACAGAUGCCGAAAUGGAAAAGAAAAUUAGGGAUCAAGAUAGAAAUACUCGUAGAAUCAGGAGGUUGGCAAACACUACUCCAGGGUGGUAGAAGAAGUAGAUUUUUUUAGUUUAGUAUUUGAUUAAAUUGAAUUUUUGAUUUUCUAGAACUUGCAUUGCAGUGGAUUUCAAAUGUUUAAUACUAUUGCAGAGAGACAGAAAAUGUUUAGUACAGUAAAAUAUAAAUUAAGAUCUAAUUGACCAUAGAUUUAACUUAUACCUUUCUAGGUGAUAUUUCAUGGAAUAUGUGUAAAAGUGUCAAACAAAAUUUAUUAAAGUAAUCAUUUUUCUCAAA